UGAUCAAGUGUCGGUCUGUGAACAGAGAGCAGAGUCAGGGAAGGACUAAAGCUGAUCAAUAAUUCCUCCAGUAAAGCACACAAAACAAACAGUCUGGUGACUUUUGAAGCGAUCAAUCUCCUACAAAACUGGAAGAAAAAAAAACCUCAACCACUGAUACUCAGAUUCACAGUAAAGUUGAAGAGACACAGCAGAUGAUGUUCUUCAAUUUCUCAACAUGAAAUUAGCUGUUUUAUUCCUGCUUUCAGUGUCAGCAUCCUCCGCUGCAGAAGAAUCGUGUGUUGGACGUUGUCAGAAUGGCUUUGACCCCAAAUACAAAUGCCAGUGCGACAUUUUGUGCAAGUUCUACGGAAGCUGCUGUAUAGAUUACGAUACCACGUGCCGAACUAAAAUUUCCCGUGGAGAUGCGUUUGACCUCCCUGAGAUAAAUCUGACCUCUAUAUUGAGUCCCCGGGCUUUUUCAAAUACAACGACAGCAGCGAGUAUCGCAGUAAUCCCUACCACCGUGGCCCAUGCCUCCACCCCAUUUCCUGACCCUGAGGCAGAAGUCUGCAGUGGAAAAUCAUUCGAUGCCUUCCUGCAGAUAAAGAACGGAUCAAUUUAUGCCUUCAGGGGUGAAUAUUUCUUUGAACUGGAUGAGAAGUCUGUGAUGCUGGGUUAUCCCAAGCUCAUAAAGGAUGUGUGGGGCAUUUCUGGUCCGAUCGACGCUGCCUUUACUCGAAUUAACUGCCAAGGGAAGAGUUAUAUAUUCAAGGGUAGCAAGUACUGGCGCUUCGAUGGCGACGUCCUGGAUGAAGAUUACCCGAGAGAGAUCUCAGUGGGGUUUGAGAAGAUUCCAGAUAAUGUUGAUGCUGCAUUUGCCAUUCCUGCCCCAGCAUCCCACAAAAAGGAGAAAGUCUAUUUCUUUAAAGGUGAACGGUAUUAUCAGUACUACUUCAAGCACCAGCCAUCGCAUGAGGAUUGUGACCGUAUAACCAAAGCCUCCCCGGCUGUUCUCUUUACUCACUACACUGGCAUGUACUGUGAAUACAACUGGGAUGACCUUUUCGAAUCGCUCUUCCAAGGCUUAUCAGGACAUCACAAAGGGCCACGGUUCAUUGCCAGAGACUGGGUGGGCAUCAAACCUCCAAUAGAUGCUGCAAUGGUGGGCCGCUUGUACCUGCACUCCAUACCUUCUUCACCUGCACCUACACCUUCACUUUCUGUAGCUUCAGGAAGACAUAGCAGGACCCAAAGCAGCUACAGGAGAAAGAACAAAGGCCAAAGACGGAGACUCAUCCAGUCAUACUUCUGGGAAGAUGCAGGUUUGGAUUACGAAGAGAGGUAUUUUGGAGCACAAAGGCAAAGUAAAGGCCAAAAGAAAAGACGUGGAAGACGCCCAGCUCUCUACGACUACAGCUACGACAACACCGACUACUAUGAUUUGGAGCAAGUGCAAGAGAAAGCAAUACCUGUGCAAAACGUCUACUUCUUCCAGAAAGAUAAAUACUACAGAGUGGAUCUCCAGACCAAACGCAUCGACUACGUAAACCCUCCAUACCCGAGAUCCAUCGGGAAGUACUGGCUGGGAUGUAAAGAGAAAGACCUGGCAGAGAAAAGAUGAAAAAAAGAACGACAUUUUGAAUUCAAAGCUGAAAAUGAUUAUUGAAGUGCUAGUACAUGAGACUGUAAUCCAAUAAUGGCUGCUAGAGGACAGAGUUAGGAAGUCCAUGAUGAAAUUUUGAUGAAAUUGCUGUUUGUAAUAAUCAGGAGAUUAUGGAAACAUGACUUUCUCCAUUUUUUCUCUUGUCCAAAAACAACAUGGAGGAUCCAGGGGUUAUUCAAAUCAGCCAUGUACCAUAUAUAUGCUAUCACAUGUGUUGGUGGUGUGUAUUUCUCUCUCUGUCCGGCACUCAACACUCUGUGACUUGUCCUGAUACAGUUUGCUGAUUUGGGUUCACUGUUUAAGAGUAAGAACCACCAACUAUGUAAACCAACAAGCUUUUUAAUAUGUAAUUACCACAUA